AUGGGAAUACGCAAAGAAUGGAUUCUUUCCGAACAAGAUAUACACCGAAAGAAACGUAAAAUUGAACACAAUCGUCGUCAAGGGCAAACACAUGAAGACGUUCAAGGACGACGACGACGACGACGUUACUUUAAAAAGACGAAAUUUGACGAAAAUCUACCGAUAGAUCAAGUUCAUCCAUUGAAUAUUGAUGAUCAAUUACUUAUGACAGUGUCGAAUUGGUCAAGAAUUCAUCAAGUUCAAUAUGCUUACACAACGCAACCGAUACAUUCAACUCUUGAACUUAUUCGAAUUCCAACUUAUCUAGCAUCGAUACAUCUUAUAACUUUUAUGAAGCAAAUACCUAAAUUUGACUUAUUGGAUACAGAAGAUCGUGUUACGCUUGCAAAACAUAAUUUACUGGCAGUUGUUUUUAUGCAUGUCGUUCUAUUGUACGGUCCAAUUGCUGAUACUCAUCAUGAAAUUAAUACAGAAGAUCCGACAUUUCAAGGCAAAGAUUGGAUUGAAAUACUGGCCGAAGGAUUCUAUCAUAAAUUAACAAAUAUAUCAACAAGAUUAAUUAAAAUACUUCAGUACGAUCGAGUUAUUGUUAAAAUAUUUUUAUUACUUUUAUUUACGAAAGAUUUUUGCGGCUAUGAUAUUAGUCAUGAGCCAUCAUUAAGAAACUCUUUAGUUGUAUUAAAUAUACAAAAUCGUUACCUAGAAACACUUUAUAAAUAUUGUUUGCAACAUGAUGGGUUGACAAAAGCAAUAAUUUUAUUUACGCGUGCUCUCAGUUAA